AUAAUAUUUGUAUAUGUAUGUGUAUCUAUACAUAUUUAAGCUCGGCUUCCCGCUAUAUUUGAUAAUUUUAGACCAGGCAUUUGGCUGGCCAGCUGUGCGGUGCUCGAGGACCCCGGGGCCUGCUCGUGUCCCAGGCAACGCUCCAGACUUCAGCGCCUUCAGCGCCUUCAGCGGGUUAUCCUGGAUUAAAAAGAAACCAGCUACCGUGUGGGACCCAAAACCGAGCUCUUGUUGUGGUAGUUUGGUUCAACUUUCCCGCAGACGGAGUCGGCAACUGAGAGACUUUAAAGGCAGCGGUCAUCAUGGAGUAGAGUAACGGAUCCAGGAGCUAGGCCUGUGGAUAACCAGCUUUAGCUAGCUAGCCUUAGCUAGCCGGGCUAGUUCUUGUGGGGCUGCUCUCUAUCCUUGUUUGGGUCUCUGUGCUAACUAGCUGGCUGCUAUUUUUGUUAGCAUAACAGACAGCCAACCGGGACUGAUAGUUGCUGCUGCUGAUAUGUUGACGGUUCCUACUGGGGUCCACCAUAGUUCGACGAUUUCUCAAGUUUUUUUCAAGUUUUAAAUUCAUCCUGAGCUAACGGUGCAUAGGGAGGAACCUAGCGAGCUGCGUCUUCGUCGCAACGUACAAAGUCGAGCUUUUGGUUUGGGCGCAGUAAUGAUUUGUGUGUUAAACCGAUCUAUGUUUUUACAAGGGAUUGCAUGUUGAUGACCAAACAUCAGGGAGACGCAGUCCAGACCGCACAGUGUUUCUGCCCCUCUACGGGACUAGAGUUCACAUCUCGAAUACCUAACACCCCGUCCCACCGACCACAGUCUCCAGUCUUCUGCCGGCUUCUGGGGCUGGCCACACGGCACUGAGUGCCCAAUGGAGGAUCAUGACAACAUGGACUAUUUUUACCAGCAGGUACUGCAGAAAGAUGUUACCCGCAGACUGCAGGCCGGCCAAGAGCUCAUUGACUACCUGAGCGACCCUCACCGCUCUCAGGACGUAGAGCAGGACAAAGCCCGGCUGGAUAAGACUAUAGACGAGUUAGCGGGAUGGGUCAACUCAAGCAAUUUCAAGGUGGCGUUGUUGGGGAUAGACAUCUGCGGCGCGUUCGUGGAUCGCAUGGGAGAGCGGUUUAAAGGAUACCUCGGCACAGUGAUGCCAGCUCUGGUGGACAGGCUGGGCGAUGGGAAGGACCAGGUCAGGGAGAGCAGCCAAGCCCUCAUCCUCCGCUGCAUGGAGCAGACUGCCUCGCCCAUGUACGUUUGGGAAAGGCUGCUCACUGGUUUUAAACACAAGAACUUCCGCAGCCGAGAAGGAGUCUGCCUCUGUCUCAGUGCCACGCUCAGCACGUUUGGAGCCCAGACGCUGAGCCUCAGUAAAAUAGUUCCUCAUCUCUGCUCUCUGAGUGGAGACCAAAACCCACAAGUACGCGAGGCCUCCAUAACAGCAUUAGUGGACGUUUAUCGUCACGUCGGAGAGCGGGUCAGAGCCGAUGUGGGAAAGAGAGGACUUCCAGCUGCACGGUUACAGACGAUAUUUGCUCGUUUUGAUGAAGCCUUGAAUUCAGGCAACAUGGCUCUCAGCCCGAGUCACGACCGUAGUUUUGAAGAUGACGACAGCGUGGAUGGAAAUCGCCCUUCCUCGGCCCAGGCUCCCUUCAAGGUUCCCAAAGUUCCCAAGAAGCCUGCGGAGUCCUCUGCAGCGCGUCGGCCCAGUGCUACCGGUGGCAAGCUAGUGAGUAAAGAAGCUGCCGGGGCCAUCGAUGAAGAGGAUUUCGUUAAAGCCUUUACAGAUGUCCCUCCAGUCCAGAUCUACUCAGCAAGAGAUCUGGAGGACAACCUGAACAAGAUCCGUGAGAUCUGCUCCGACGACAAACACGACUGGGACCAGAGAGCCAUCGCUCUGAAGAAAAUCCGCUCCUUGUUGGUGGCGGGCGCAGCCAGCUACGACUGUUUUUACCAGCACCUACGGCUACUAGAUGGAGCCUUCAAACUGUCGGCUAAAGACCUGCGCUCGCAAGUGGUCCGAGAGGCCUGCGUCACUGUGGCCUACCUCUCGUCAGUGUUGGGGAAUAAAUUCGACCACGGAGCAGAAGCCAUCGUUCCCGUCCUCUUCAACCUCAUCCCCAAUUGUGCCAAAGUCAUGGCCACCUCCGGCGUCUCGGCCAUCCGCAUCAUAAUACGGCACACACACGUCCCCAGACUCAUCCCCCUGAUCACCAGUAACUGCACGUCCAAAUCUGUGGCUGUGAGAAGGCGCUGUUAUGAUUUCUUGGACCUUCUGCUACAGGAAUGGCAAACCCACUCAUUAGAACGACACACGGCAGUUCUGGUUGACAGCAUCAAGAAGGGGAUUCGAGAUGCAGACUCGGAGGCCAGAGUGGAGGCCCGAAAAGCGUACUGGGGUCUGAGGAACCACUUCCCAUCUGAAGCCGACGCUCUCUACAACUCCUUAGAGCCGUCGUACCAGAAGACACUUCAGUCCUGCUUGAAGAGCUCAGGCAGCGUGGCCUCACUUCCCCAGAGUGACCGCUCCUCCUCCUCCUCUCAGGAGAGCCUCAACCGUCCUCUGACUUCUAAAUGGUCUGCAGCCCCAGGGCGAGUCCCUGCGGGUUCAAAGGGUAGGGUGUCGUCGGUCUCCCUGCAGCGUUCCCGUAGCGACGUGGAUGUAAAUGCCGCAGCGGUUGCUAAGCACCGGCACGUCGGACAAACUGGGGGAACGAGCCGCCUGCCCCCUGGCUCCUACUCCUCACUGGAUGAUGCCUCUGAUAAAACGGAUGGAACGAGGUCAGACAAUGGCCGCGUACGUACCAAGCAGCCCUUGUCGACCGCCAGCAGCGUGUCCAGCCAGGUGGACUCGCGAGGACGCAGCCGCACCAAGAUGGUGUCCCAGUCUCAACGUUCCGACGAAUCCGAUUGCACACCAGGAUCUCAGUCUGCUACCCCUGUCGGUGCGGGCAGUCGGAGCGGCUCCCCGGGUCGCGUGCUGACGAGUACGGCCCUGAGCACCAUGAGCACCGGGGCCCACAGGGUGCUGGCCGGAGCCGGCGGGGACGGACACAGACGCAGCCGCAUCCCACGCAGCCAGGGCUGCUCCAGAGACUCCUCCCCCACACGCCUGUCUGUCGCCCCUUCUAGCAUUAGUUCCAUCUACAACGGAGCAAGCAGAGGAGCUCGGGGCAGUCGUAUCCCUCGGCCCAGUAUGAGUCAGGGCUGCAGCAGAGAGGCCAGCAGGGAGAGCAGCCGGGACACCAGCCCCGUACGCUCCUUCACACCUCUCGCAACGCGGAGCUACUCUCGCUCCACCGGAGCUCUCCACACACCUGACGCUUUUGGGGCUGCAGGAACUGGUUUUGGCAUCAGUCAGUCUAGCCGCCUGUCUUCUUCAGUCAGCGCCAUGAGGGUCCUGAACACGGGCUCCGACGUAGAAGAGGCUCUCGCGGACGCACUGCUGUUGGGAGACAUGAGAUCAAAGAAGAAGCCAGCACGGCGGCGGUAUGAGAACUACGGCAUGUAUUCUGAUGACGACGCCAACAGCGACGCGUCCAGCGCCUGCUCGGAGAGAUCGUACAGCUCCAGGAACGGGGGGGCCAUCCCCACCUACAUGAGGCAAACAGAAGAUGUAGCUGAGGUGCUCAACCGUUGUGCUAGCGCCAACUGGUCAGAGAGGAAGGAGGGACUUUUGGGUCUACAAGCUCUGCUCAAGAACCAACGCACCCUCAGCCGGGUAGAGCUGAAGAGGCUGUGUGAGAUCUUCACCAGGAUGUUUGCUGACCCUCACAGUAAGCGAGACUCCGGCAGGGUGUACGGCACGGCAGAAUCCGGUAUAAGCUCAGCCUCCUUCAAGAGAGUGUUCAGUAUGUUCCUGGAGACACUGGUAGAUUUCAUCCUGGUCCAUAAGGAGGACCUGCAGGACUGGUUGUUUGUCCUGCUCACGCAGCUGCUGAAGAAGAUGGGAGCGGAUCUGCUGGGCUCCGUACAGGCCAAAGUUCAGAGGGCCCUGGACAUCACACGAGAGUCUUUCCCCAACGACCUCCAGUUUACUAUUCUCAUGAGGUUCACUGUGGACCAGACACAGACGCCCAACCUCAAGGUGAAGGUGGCUAUUCUGAAGUACAUCGAGACACUAACGUUACAGAUGGAGGCUCCAGACUUCGUGAACUCCAGUGAGACUCGGCUGGCUGUCUCUCGCAUCAUCACCUGGACGACCGAACCCAAGAGCUCUGAUGUCAGAAAGGCGGCCCAGUCGGUGCUCAUCUCCCUGUUCCAGCUCAACACUCCAGAGUUCACCAUGCUGUUGGCGGCUCUACCCAAAACCUUUCAGGACGGGGCCACCAAGCUGCUUCAAAACCACCUGAAGAACACGGGCAACGCCGCACAGGCACAGAUGGGCAGCCCUUUGACGCGCCACACCCCUCGAUCACCAGCCAGCUGGUCCAGUCCAGUCACUUCACCCACUAACACCUCCCAGAACACCCCCUCACCAAGUGCAUUUGACUAUGACACAGAAAACAUGAACUCGGAGGACAUCUACAGCUCCCUGAAAGGCGUCACCGAGGCCAUCCAGAACUUCAGCGUCCGCAGCCAAGAGGACAUGAAUGACCCGGUCCAACGACGAGAGGGAGACGAGGGCGGCAGCGGGAUGGACUUCGUGGACGGCGGCCGAAUGGCUCUUGACAACAAGACCUCCCUCCUCAACACCCCCCUUCUCUCUUCCAGCCCCCGAGGGGCCCGCGAACAUUUCUCCGACUCUCCCUACAAACACAGAAGCAAAGACACCAGCCUGGACGACUCCGAACAUCUCACCGACGACAGUAACCUGGACCAGUCGGAGCUGGUGGCCGAGCUGCUCAAGGAGCUGUCCAAUCACAACGAGCGCGUUGAGGAGAGGAAGGGGGCGCUGUGUGAGCUGCUGAAGCUGAUUCGUGAGAACACCCUGCAGGUGUGGGAUGAACACUUCAAGACCAUCCUGCUGCUCCUGCUGGAGACGAUGGGUGACAGAGAGCAUGUGAUACGAACACUGGCUCUGCGGGUGCUGAGGGAAAUUCUCAGCAAGCAGCCCUGGAGGUUCAAGAACUACGCAGAGCUCACCAUCAUGAAGGCCCUGGAGGCUCACAAAGACCAUCACAAGGAGGUGGUACGAGCAGCAGAGGAGACGGCAACCAUGUUGUCGCUGUCCAUCAGCCCAGACCAGUGCAUCAAGGUGCUGUGUCCCAUCAUCCAGUCAGCUGAUUACCCCAUCAACCUGGCUGCUAUCAAGAUGCAGACCAAAGUGGUGGAGAGGAUUCCCCGCGAGGGACUCAUGAGCCUGCUGCCUGAGAUCGUGCCAGGACUCAUACAGGGUUACGACAACUCUGAGAGCAGCGUGAGGAAAGCUUGUGUGUUCUGCCUGGUGGCCAUCUACGCAGUGAUAGGAGAGGACCUCAAACCCCACCUCAGCCAACUCUCGAGCAGCAAGCUGAAGCUGUUAAAUCUGUACAUCAAGCGCGCCCAGUCCGGCUCCAGCGGCAGCGAACCCCCCUCCGAAGGCCUAUAGGAGACAGCGCCGUCCUACAACCACAGAACUGCACACCCACAUAGACCGAGAACAAAACACAAACUGCUUACAUUCUUCACACAACCAGCAGACAUAGCAUACACACACACACACACACACACAUAAACACAAACAUAGGUACACGACGUCCUCAUACGUUUCCCGUCUCACUGCAAAAUGGGAGUUGUGGUGCAGAGGAAAGAAGUGGUGUGUUCUCCUCACCAUUACCAUUAUUAGGAUCCACCCUGAUCUGAGACUGAACACUUUGGAUUGAACGUAAACACAUUCUCCUCCCAGGUUUGUCACUUGUCACUCAAGGAUAAAAGUAAUGAAAUGUCUGUCCUGUCCACCCUGCUUUACAUCCAGAACCCAACAGUAUCCCCUCUGAGCAACAUUGUGAUGUCAACAGGAAGUGGUGCGUCUGCAUGGUUCUCAUUUGUCUUGGGGGUGGGGGGUUGGGGUGGGUUGGGGGGGGGUGUUGCAGCCUUUGUUUCCUUCUUGAAUCGUGAGUAGCAGGGGCCAGGUAGACAGGAAUGUAAAUUUACAUUGUGUCAUAGUUUGGAUUUAUUUUACGCAAUGAGGUUUUACUGCAGUGGAUUUUAAUACCCAGAGUUUUCUGUCUCGCACAUCAACACGUGCUCUCUUUCAACAAGGUGCUGGCGAAGCCUGAAAGGUACGACCGAACAACCCCGCACAGCAUUAACACGAGUCGCAGCGGGUCCGACCUGCUCAUAGCAAAUACGAACAGGUUCCAGAGUGUAGGAGACGUUAUGUGCUUGGCUAUGCAUGAGACUAAAUUUAAACUUUUUAUCGGGCCCUAAUGACAGUCCGAAGACAGUGACUGAGGUUUUAAAUUAUUGUGAACAGUGCCCAUACCUUUUCAGAUGAAUCCACGACGUCCUCCUUUUCUCCCAGCUCAUAUUCACUUCAGGGCAACGUGGGGGGGGGGGAGAUUGGGGGCGUACUGCUUACUACAUGAAGUAUGACAGGACAUGGCUUAUUAUCACAUAGUGGAUAUGUAUCUAUAUAUGAUAUUAAAAUGGAAUACCCAAUAACAGUGUCAUUUAGGAGAGUCCCCCAGGGGGGUGCACGCGCGCACCUGUGCCCAUCCUUGUUUUUAUUUCUCUUUCUCUUGCGCGUGCCGUAGUCUCUCACUCUUCUUUUUUUUUUUUUUCUCUGCUGAGAAAUUUGUAGAAAUGUAUUAUUUACAGCUCUGAAAAAAAGAUGUCAUCUCUCACUUUCCUCCUGUUCAUCGAAUCUUUCUUUCCUUCCUCUUCUUGUAACAUUCUAGUUUUCACUGUUGUGUUUCCUCCGUGCAUUUACAAAGCUGUGCUUACAAUAAAAUAAAGAACUUGUACAGAUCAGAA